AUGCCUCAGGCUCGAACCUAUGGAGCUCCCACUGGCGAGGACCAUGCCUCUUCCGAAGAAGAUCUCGGCCUCCUCGCCGACGAUCCCCUUGCCGAUACCAACGCCAAGUCUCCGCGCACGCCAAACCGCGUCCGCUUCAACCUGACACCCUCCAUACGCGAAGCGCCCGCCCCAAGCUCGAGCAAUGGCGCAAGCAGUUUCGAUGUGGAGGAACCCCGUGGCUACUUCGACCAACACGAUGACGGCGACGACGACGACCGCCACGGCGACCACCAGCAUCACCCCCUCCUGACCGACAUCGAGGCGCCCUCUGUCGCCCUCGCCAACAGUCCCUGGGCCGAAGACGAAGAUGUCCACGACUGGGCCGAGCAGCAGCGCCAGCGGCCCAAAUCCGGGCUGCGCAUGGCCUUUAUGAACAUGGCAAACUCCAUCAUCGGCGCCGGCAUCAUCGGCCAGCCCUACGCCUUCAAACAGGCCGGCCUGCUGGCGGGCGUCGUGCUGCUCGUCGGCCUGACCUUUGUCGUCGACUGGACCAUCUGCCUCAUCGUCAUCAACAGCAAGCUCAGUGGCAGCGACAGCUUCCAGGGCACGGUUCAGCACUGCUUUGGCAGGCCGGGCCUCAUCGCCAUCUCCGUGGCACAGUGGGCAUUUGCCUUUGGCGGCAUGGUGGCUUUUGGUGUCAUUGUCGGCGACUCUAUACCUCAUGUCUUCUUGGCCAUCUGGCCCGAUCUGCGGGACAUGCCGGUCCUAUGGCUUUUGGCGAACCGUCAAUUCGUCAUUGCCGUCUUCGUCAUGGGCCUGGCCAAGGCGAGCACGUUGGCCCUCAUCAGUAUGGGCGUCAUUGUGGUGACGGUCGUCGUCCAGGGCCUGCUGACCCCCAGAUCUGAGCGGGGCUCCUUCACGCCAGCACUCCUGACCAUCAACGGUGGCAUUUUCGAGGCCAUUGGCGUCAUCUCUUUUGCCUUUGUGUGCCACCACAACUCGCUCCUCAUCUACGGCUCCCUUAAGACGCCCACCAUUGACCGCUUCUCCCGCGUCACCCACUACUCGACCGGCAUCUCCAUGGUCUUCUGUCUCCUCAUGGCGCUCGCCGGCUUCCUGACGUUUGGCGACAAGACGCUGGGUAACGUUCUCAAUAAUUUCCCCGCCGAUAACGUCAUGGUGACGAUUGCUCGUCUCUGUUUCGGCCUCAACAUGCUUACGACGCUGCCCCUCGAGGCGUUUGUCUGCCGCGAGGUCAUGUUCAACUACUUUUAUCCCGGCGAGCCCUUCAAUCUGAAGCUGCACCUCAUCUUCAGCACGGCGCUCGUGGGAUCGGCUACUGUCAUCAGCCUCAUGACGUGUGAUGUUGGCGUUGUCUUCGAGCUCGUCGGCGCCACCAGCGCGUGCGCCAUGGCAUAUAUCCUGCCGCCGUUGUGCUACAUCAAGCUGACGACGCGCUCCUGGCGCACGUACAUGGCCAUGGCCAUUGUUGUUUUUGGCACCAUUGUCAUGUGUAUUAGUCUGGUACAGGCCGUCGCCAAGAUGGUUAGCAACGAGAGCGGCACGGCGCAGUGCAUGUGA